GUCAAUUUAAGUUUGGCCAAACUUCUCAGCAUUUUUUGAUUCCAUUUAUAAUUACCCUAGAUGAUUGUGAGAAUUAAAGGCACCCAAUGUUCUCAAAUGUAGAGUAUGAAAGAGAAUUAAUAAUUUCCUUCCAAUGCAUAAGAAGUAUCUCCUGAAGGGGACCUGAUUACUUGGCACCUGAAAACCUUAGUCUUGAUUUGAGACUCAAAUAGAAAUAGGAAUUAGAAAAUUCUAAAAGAUGCAUAGGAAAAAUUCUUAAAUAAUUAUAAGCCUUAUAUAAUCCGAAUAAAUUUCAUAUCAUAUAAUAAAAUGUAGAGAGAAUAAAUGAAAAGUAGUUUAUUCUUAAUUAGAACGUUAUAAAAUAAAAAUAUACUGCCCU